AUGGGAGACGAGUCGUUCUUUCUGUAUGGAAUGGGGGAACGGCCCGAGGCUCUAACCCUGGGUUCGUUGGUCUUGGAGAAGUACUGGCAGCCAAUGAUCGCUCGUCAUUACACUCAUGAGCUUUUAAGCGACGACGCCCUACGUGAGCAUGCCUACACGACUAACGUCACCAACGCCGUCUUCCACGGAACUUCUCGGCUUAGUCCAUCCAUCGGACUUGAGGCCGGUGACAUCGUGAACCUCCAUCUCGCUUAUAACAAGGAUCUUGAACGAAUCGUUACAGCUGAGAAGGGUACCCGAGUCCUACUCAAAGACCCAGAAACCUUCCUCACAAAAAAUGUCCUGAGCAACGACGUAGCACAGCAAAAACUCAAACUGUGGCUGUCCGCCGCUUACAGCGACUUUGUCGUGCACUUCAAAUUCGCCCGCAGACCCAAAGUAUGGAUGCUAACGGGACUGUAUCUGCUCGAGGAUACCCGCACAGUGGUCUCACGGGGCCAAUCGUCGAAGGUAUCUGCGGGCGUUUCCUCGUCCAUUAUCGGGGCCCUGUCUGGGGUUCCGGUCGGCGGGUCCGUGAGUCUGGGCGUUGGUUCGACAUGGGAGAUGGCGAUGCAGGUUGCCGAGCCGCAUGUGUGGGCUGCUCAGUUCCGUUUGCUGGAUGCCAAGUUUAUUAAGAUGGGAAAGGGUGGGGCGGGGGAUGUGAAGCUUCCUGCUUCGAUGGGUCUUUAUCGAGAUAUCAUGUCGGUGAAUACGGCAAGGGAUGGAGCGAAGAGGGGGGUUGAGUUGGGGCUUGUGCGUGCAGAUGAAGAGGAAGAUGAUGAUGAGGAAGAGAACCAGGGUCAGAGUCUGCUUGAGGAUGGUGUUGGGGAAGAUGAUCAGGAGAGUUUGGAGGUGGAGGAGUAUGAGAAGCAGUUGGAGGCUGCGAUUAAGCAUUUUGAGAAGGCUCCGAAACACUUUUUGCAGUGA